CAGUUUUUGCCCAAGCCAGGCCCGCCACAGCGCCGCAGCGAGAGAACUCCCAAACCCUUCCUUGGCGAGGAGGAGCAGGAGGAGGAGCGAAAGACCCCCCAUCGCUUCCGCUCGACGGCGCGCCCCGCUAUGCCCAUGCGCCUCGCUCUCGCGGCGGCCCCAGCAUCGGGCGGGGCCUCCAGCGCCGCUGCGCCGCUGGAGCUGGAGGUCGAGGCGGCUGACACCGUGGCCAUCCUCAAGGGCAGAGUGCGGGACAGGGAGGGCAUCAUGGAGGCCGACCAGAGGCUCUUCUACGGGGGCAAGCAGCUGGAGGACGCGCGCCAGCUGUCCGACUACAACCUGGUCGACGGAGCGCAGGUCGUGCUCGUGCGCCGCCUGCCCGCCGCGCCCGCGGCGGGGCUGGAGGCCCUCUGCGCCCAGCGGCGCCCGGGCGUCCACCAGUGCCCCGCCGCGGGCCGCGUUCACCAGGGCGCGCCCCGCGGUGCCGCCGUGGAGGGCUGGCGGCCCGCCACAGGAGCCUAG